GUCAGAAUCGUAAACGGUCUUUUUCAAAUCUUUAGACAUGACAUUCAAAUUGGAAAAACGGUAUUUCCAUUGCUAAAUAAUGAUAAAAAGGGAGAAAUGAGGUGAGUCUUUACAGAUAGUCUACUUGAAUGCAGUGGUUAUGCUCAUGCCCAGAUACGUAGGCAGUGACUUCAUACUCAUUUUUCAGUGCACGUCCAGUGGCCGUCGCUCCUGUGUAAGAAUGGAUAUAUCGCCAAGAAAACGAAUAUGCUAUAAUCUAUUUGCGCUGUAAACGCGUUUUGGAAGGACCACAGACGUCUACAGGGACGUGUUUUAUAUCGGUGUCUGUCAAUGGACUGCUCUGUUUUGGUCGAGUUGCUGUUGAAAUCCGUUUUUUUUUCUUUUCAAAGCCGCGGUGCGUUCACUUACUAUUAAAUUGCUUUUAAAUCAAGAUGGGCUGUAGCAAAUGGUGAUGAUGAUGAUGGACGCACGAUCGAUUACAGACGCACUCUACCAAGGUGGCAGCAAUGGCGCAAGCAGCAGACACCGUGAUCAUCAUGUACUCCUUCCCUAUAGAGGAAUAAUGCUGAAAUUGAUGACUGUGGGAUCCUUAUAAAUUGUUAAUAGUACAAUGAACACCACUGUUACGCCAUCAGACCUGGUGGAUGUGCCAAGACAGCAGAACUUCAAUGGCACCCUGGGCACACAGACCCCAUCAGGUUGGGCCGUGAUCCACACUGCCACGCUGACCUUUUGCUCCCUCCUCCUCAUCUUCAUCUUCUGUCUGGGCUCUUAUGGGAACCUCGUGGUGUUCCUGUCAUUUUUCGACCCAGUGUUUCGCAAGUUCCGCACCAACUUUGACUUCAUGAUACUCAACCUGUCCUUCUGUGACUUGUUUAUUUGCUGUGUGACUGCUCCCAUGUUUGCACUGGUGCUCUUCCUGGAUGCAGGCGGAGGGGAUGGCGUGUCAAAGAGUUUCUGCUUUGCCUUCCACCUGACCAGCUCGGGCUUCAUCAUCAUGUCCCUGGAGACGGUAGCUGUCAUCGCUUUGCACAGACUGCGCAUGGUUUUGGGGCAGCAACCCAACCGCACCGCCUCCUUCCCCUGCACGCUGGCCCUCACUGCCCUGCUGUGGACAUCCAGUUUCACUAUGGCUGCCCUCCUUACCAUGCGAGCGUACCCACGUCGAGAUGGACCCUGCCUGCCCCACUUUGGCCUGGGAGGUGGACAGGCCAGGGUUGUGUUGUAUGUCUACCUGGCGGACUUUGCCUUUUGUGUAGCCGUGGUGUCAGUGUCCUAUCUGAUGAUUGCUCAAACACUGAGGAAGAACGCACAAGUAAGGAAAUGUCCUGUCAUCACUGUAGAUGCCACGUGCCCUCCUCCCCCACCACCUCUCAUUGCAGCAGGCUUUGAGAGCAUGCAGUGUGCUGUUCAAGGCCCCCCUCUGUACCGUAACCAGACUUAUAACAAACUGCAGAAUGUUCAGACACACUCUUAUGUCAACAAGACCAGCCAGCCUCUGGUUCCAGGAGCUGCCCAAGGAGCCACCUGCUGUCAGCUUGUGUCUACAGUCAACUUGGCCACAGCCAAAGACUCCAAGGCAGUUGUCACCUGUGUUGUCAUAGUGUUUUCUGUGCUGCUUUGCUGCUUGCCGAUGGGAGUUUCACUGGCGCAGGAUGUUUUGUCACCAGAAAGUAGCUUUGCACAUUACCAGUUUGAACUGUGCGGCUUUGUGCUCAUUUUUCUCAAGUCGGGCAUCAAUCCCUUUGUGUACUCCCGCAACAGUGCAGGCCUCCGCCGCCGCGUGCUAUGCUGUGUUCAGUGGGCGGCACUGGGCUUUCUCUGUUGCAAGCAAAAGACUCGCCUGCACGCGAUGGGGAAGGGCAGCCUGGAAGUCAAUCGCAAUAAAUCCUCCCAUCAUGAGACCAACUCAGCCUAUGUACUGUCACCCAAGCCACAGAGGAGGCUGGUAGACCAGGCUUGCGGGCCCAGUCACUCCAGGGAUUGUGCUGGCAGUCCAAGGGCCACAGGUGCACGCAAACCUCGCCCCCCGAGUACCUCGACACCUAUCAACACCCGCAUUGAGCCCUACUACAGUAUAUACAACAGCAGCCCCUCUGCAGGGCCCAGCUCCCCCACCAGCCUGCAACCUGUCAGCUCUCAGACAUUUGCAUUUGCAAAGUCCUAUGUAGCCAUGCACUACCACACUCACCAAGAUGCACUACAAGACUUUGAAAGCACCUCAGUGCACCAGAUUCCCAUUCCCUCAGUCUAAUCAAAGAGCUGCUAAACCAUAAAGGUUUGGACAAUCUCGCUAUGGCUUUAAAUCAAAUGUGAAUUAAAAGAGGAACAUAAAAAACAGCCCAUUUCAUGUAUUUGGAAUCUGUAUUAACCUUUUGUUCUCUUCUACCGUGGAAAUACAUGUUAAGUUUUCUUGAGUGGAAAAAUUAAAGAACCAGUAUUAUAAGCCUUGCCAUGAAACUAAAAACAAGCAAUAGUUUGUUAUGAAAUUGUAUGUUCCAAAAAGUUAUUUCAUGUUAUUGGAUUGAAUGUUUUUUUUCUUUUACAGAUACUGCAUUUUCACAUAAAUCUGCCCCAGUGUUGCACACGCAUGUGCCGUUAUAACUCAAUACUUUGUAGGUUUUCAUUGCAGCCAAAGACUGCAGUUGCUACAUCACUGCUGUUUAUUCUCUGGCUGAAGUUGCUGAGCGCUGAUAUAUGCUGCUGUAGUGUCGGGCUGCUAUGGAACCCUGCACAGGCCCACACACACAAGGCUGGCGAUGGCAUGUGGUUGCACUUUGAUGAACUUUUGCUUCUUAAGAGAAAUGUGUUUGUGAACCUCAUAGACUUUUCAACACAAUAAAUGUUUGGCAAGUGCA